UACAUGGAGAAUAGGAAUAAUGUGACAGAAUUUAUUCUACUGGGACUGACACAGAAUCCAAAGCUGCAGAAAGUCAUAUUUGCUGUGUUUCUGGUCAUCUACAUUGUCUCUAUGGUAGGGAAUGUGCUCACCUUGGUCACCAUCACAGUCAGCCCAUUAUUGGGGUCCCCAAUGUACUUUUUCCUGGUUCAUCUCUCUUUUAUUGAUGCUUGUUACUCCUCUGUCAGUAACCCAAAAUUGAUUGUAGAUUCCCUCCAUGAAACAAAAACCAGCCCUUUCAGUGAAUGCAUGACUCAGAUCUUUGGGGAACAUUUAUUUGGAGGUGCUGACGUCAUCCUGCUCACUGUGAUGGCCUAUGACCGCUACGUGGCCAUCUGCAAGCCGUUGCACUACACAACCAUGAUGAACUGGCGGGUAUGUUGGCUGCUGAUUGGAGUGGUGUGGGCGGGACGCGUUCUUCAUGCCGCCAUUCAGAUCCUCUUCAUCUUCCGGUUACCCUUCUGCGGCCCUGACGUCAUAGACCACUUUCUGCGUGACCUGACCCCUGUGCUGAACCUCGCCUGCACGGACACCCACACUCUAGGGCUCUUUGUUGCGGCCAACAGCGGCUUCCUCUGUCUGUUAAACUUCCUCCUCUUGUUGGGCUCCUAUGUGGUCAUCGCGUGCUCCCUAAGGACACACAGUUGGGAGGCGAGGCGCAAGGCCCGCUCCACCUGUGUCUCCCACAUCACAGCCGUCAUCAUAUUCCUUGUGCCCUGCAUCUUCGUGUACCUGAGACCAGCAACUACUCUUCCGAUUGAUAAAGCAGUUACUGUGUUUUACACCAUGAUAACUCCCAUGUUAAAUCCUUUAAUCUAUACCUUAAGAAAUGCCCAGAUGAAAAAUGCCAUUAGGAAUUUGUGUAAUAGAAAAGUGAUUUCAGGUGAUGGAUAG